GAAAGGACAAAAUGGCCUUCUUGACCCCAAUCGCAGCCCCAAGGCGUACUGGACGGCCAACGAGGAGUGAUCUGCGCCCCUCGCUCACCGCGGAUCUCUUUUCAGCCCCUCCCCCCUCACUUCCCCCCCUUGUCCUCACAGGGAAGCGCGAUGGUCUUUCUGAACCCCAAUCGCAGCCCCAAGGCGUACUGGACGGCCAACGAGGAGUGAUCUGUCCGCCGCGCCCACCACCACUCCCUCACUCGCCCCCCACCCCUCUCCCCCCACAGGGUGUCUGGAACGCACUCCUUGCCAUGAGGGACGAGAUGAACUUCGUGGUUCCCAGUCGCAGCCCCAAGGCAUACUGGACGGCCAAUGACGACGGCUCUGCCCCGUCUGUCCCCAACCACCCGUCCCUCCCCUCUCUCGUCCCUCCCCUCGUCUGUGCCUUUCCCCUCCCAGGGAUCACCCUCCUUGCUAUCAGGGACAGAAUGAACUUCGUGAUUCCUAAUCACAUCCCCAAGGUUUACAGGACGGCCAAUGACGACUGCUCUGCGCCCUCCUCCUUGCUGACUACUGGUCUCCUUUCUGUCCCCCCCUCGCCUCUGACUGUCUCCCUACCAGGGAACGCCCUCCUUGCUAUCAGGGACGGAAUGAACUUCGUGACUCCCAGUCGCAGCCCCAGGCAUACUGGACGGCCAAUGACGACUGCUCUGUCCCCCCCUCUCUCGCUCACUAGUGGUCUCUCUCCCACUCCUCCCCUCGCCUGUGUUGUGUCUCUCCCUCCCAGGGAACGCACUCCUUGCCAUCAGAGACGAGAUGAACUUCGGAACGCGCUCCUUGCCAUCAGGGACGGAAUGAACUUCGUGGUUCCCAGUCGCAGCCCCAAGGCAUACUGGACGGCCAAUGACGACUGCUCAUACCUGUUUGGGGUGAACUGCAACGACCAAGGCAACGUGAUUGUCAUGUACCUCUUCAAUGCACUGGGGCCUCUCCCUGCUGCCAUCGGCAACCUCACCUUCCUAUCGGCCAUCACCACCACUGGCAAUCUCACCACUCUACCAACGGAGUUUUCAAAGCUCACGAAAAUGACUUUCCUGUCCAUGAGCAGAAGCGGUAUCACAGGGCCCUUCCCCACCAUGAUCACUGCCCUUCCAAAGCUCAAAGACGUAAAGAUGAUCAACAACUCAAUGUCGGGGCCGAUUCCAGUGGCGUUUUCUGCACUAACCAACCUAAUUGUCCUCCGACUCGACGUCAAUAAGCUCACGGGUUCAAUUCCCGCUGGCCUCUCAAGACUCGUAGCACUAACCCAGCUUAACCUGAAAGACAAUCUGCUCACAGGAGUGAUUCCCCCGUCUCUCUCUGCGCUCAAGGCCAUGCAAACGCUGGACUUCCGGAACAACAAGCUCACCGGCACGAUCCCCUCUCAGCUGAGCGCUCUCACCAACCUGGACGGGCUCUAUCUAAGCAACAACACGCUCACAGGGGCCAUCCCAUCGCAACUCAAGACCCUCACCAACCUCCGCUUCCUAAAUGCCCUCACAGGAUCUGUGCCGGCUUCAGUCUCCUCCUUCGCCUCGCUCAUUUACCUGAGUGCUUCUUACAACAAGCUCUCAGGUUCCCUUCCUGCCGGCCUCAGCUCGCUUGCUGCACUCCAGUACCUAGGCCUGGCAAACAACACACUCACUGGAUCGAUACCCUCUGCCCUCUCCUCCUUGGGCUCUCUAGCCAUUAUGUUCCUCCAUCACAACUCACUCACGGGCUCGCUGCCUCUCCAGCUCUCUGAGCUCACCUCCCUCUUCUCCCUGGACCUUUCAUACAACAAGCUCAACGGCACUCUGCCUCCCAUCUUCACAAGCAGCAUGCAAUUUCUAGGCUUCUUGCAUCUGUCUCACAAUUUCUUCACAGGCCCGCUGCCUUCCAAUCUGGCCACCUGCCAGUCGCUAUACGAGCUUGACGUCAGCAACAACUAUCUGAGUGGCAUCGUGGCUCCUGUCAUCAGCUCGCUGACGUCACUGCAGACACUAGAUCUCUCCGUUAACUACUUCACUGGCCCAGUCCCCCCAAUGAGCUCAGCACCUCUCAUCCUACACUACAGCAUCCACACCAACUAUUUCUUCGGCUCGGGCAACAUAGUCGACCUCGCCGGAAAUUCCAUCUGCCCGAACGCCACCUCCUCCGUCCAAACCUCCAACAACUGCCUCCAAUACGCGUCUGACACCUGUACUAGCACCACCAGCACAGGCGGUAACCCUGUUACUGGUCGAACCUUGCAGCUAAAGAGACUGCCUGCAUGCCUCCUCGCAAGCCUCACUCGCUCCACCUCUCUCCACCUCUCUACCUCCCUCUCCCUUCUUUGCCUCCCUCCUCCCGUCCCUCCAUUCAUCCUCACGUCCUCUCUCCAUUCAUUCUUCCGUCCUCCCUCCAUUCUCCCUUACUUCCUCCAAUCUUCCUCUUUUCCUCCCUCCAUUCUUCCUCUCUUCCGCGCUCCACUCUCCCUCUCUUCCUCCCUCCAUUCUCCCUUUCUUCCCCCCUCCAUUCUCCCUAUCUUCCUCCCUCCAUUCUCCCUUCUUCAUCCCUCCAUUCUUCCUCUCUUCCUCCCUUCAUUAUUCCUCUCUUCCUUCCCCCAUCCUUCUUCUCCUCCUCCCUCCAUUCUUCCAAUCUUCCUCCCUCCUUUCUCGUCUCUUCUCCCCUCAUAA